AACAAGUAACUGUUGACCCACCCAAGGCUGGUGAAGUUCGGGUCAAAAUUGUUUCCUCCGGAGUUUGUCACACUGAUUAUUAUACUCUAUCUGGAUUAGAUCCUGAAGGAAAAUUUCCCUGUAUCAUGGGGCACGAGGGAGCAGGACAGCUUUUUGAUUUUCGGUGUGAAAAUGUCGAUUCAACAGAGACCAGUUUCUCAACUAAUUCGAGGCUCUGAUUUUCCCGAGGAUGUGCCUAAAAAACGUUCACGAGAAGAUUUUAAAAAGGAAAAGGAAUUGGAGGAAUUAAGAAAAGCGGGUACAGUUCCAGCUCUUGUCGAUGAAGAUGGUAAAGACAUUAACCCUCACAUUCCACAGUAUAUUUCCAUCACCCCUUGGUACUAUGGCUCUUCUAGACCAACAUUAAAACAUCAGCGACCACAAGAUGAAAAUAAAUCCAAGAUUGCUCGUGUUGAUGAAUGGUACCAACGAGGAACAACAAACAAAAUUGCUACCAAGUAUAGACCUGGAGCUUGUGAGAACUGUGGAGCCAUGAGACAUAAUCGAAAAUCUUGUUUCGAAAAGCCAAAGAAGAUUCCAGCCAAAGUAUCGGGGAUUGUUACAGCUCCAGAUGACGUCGAGGUAGCUAAACUUAAUUUAGAUUAUGAUGGCAAAAGAGAUCGGUGGAAUGGCUAUCGUCCUCAGAUGUACAAAGCCGUUUUUGAUGAAUAUGAAAAACUUGAAGAGGCUAAAAAAACUCUUAAAGAAGAGAAAUUAAAAGAAUUUGUCGAGAAAGAGGUAACCGAAUCUGCAGAAAAAGGGGAUUCGGAUUCUGAUUCCGAUGAAGAAGAUAAAUACGCCGAUCAUAUUGAUAUGCCUGGUACAAAAGUCGAUUCCAAACAAAGAAUUACUGUACGAAAUCUUAGAAUCAGAGAGGACACAGCCAAAUACCUUAGAAAUUUAGAUCCUGAUUCGGCUUAUUAUGAUCCGAAAACUCGUUCCAUGAGAGACAAUCCUUAUAAAAAUGCAUCAAAAGAUCCAGCUGAUCUUCCUUAUGCCGGUGAAAAUUAUGCUCGAUUUUCAGGUGAUGCUGUUAAAGUUGCACAAACUCAAAUAUUCGCUUGGCAGGCUCGAGAUAAAGGUGUCGAAAUUCACCUUCAGGCCGAACCAACAGCAAUGGAAAUCACUCGCAGAGAGCACCAAGUCCAAAAGAAUAAACAUAAAACUUCAAUAAAACAAAGAAUCUUAGAGAAAUAUGGCGGAGAGGAAUAUCUUCAAUCACCACCGGCCGAAUUGGUUUAUGGACAAUCAGAGAGAUACGUUGAAUAUUCUCGAGACGGAAAACCAAAAAUCGAACCACCGAAGACCAUAAUUAGUUCUAGAUACGAGGAAGAUGUUCAUCCAAAUAAUCACAAAUCCGUUUGGGGCUCUUUUUAUAACGUCAAGACGCAAAAAUGGGGCUACAAAUGUUGUCAUAUAACAAUGAAAAACGCUUAUUGCGUUGGAUCUGCUGGAAUCUCUUAUUGUUUCAACUUAACUGGUUAAUUGUUCACAUCAUUCACAUAUCAGGUUAUCCAAAAUAAAAUUGGAUAGAGAUCGAGGUUAACACCUUAAGGGCCUUAAUGAUGGCGAUGAUUACAGAUGACCAGUAGUAGUAAUUGAAGAAAUGAAAUGUCGUUACAUUAAUCAUUACAUCUCAAUGAAAACGAUUUCAUUUCAAUUCUUUAAAUUAAAUACCAACCAACUGACCAAAUGGAAUAAAACAAAAAUAAAUAAACAUUUACCUUUAAGUACAUAAAAGAUUAACAAUUAACCAAAAUUAAAAGAAAAAAAAGAGAAUAGAAAAGAGAAUAACAAAUAUCUCACCAAGAGAAAAAGUGCUUUACUUUUCCUUCUUUGUUGAUCUAUUUCUAAUUAAAGAACAUUUUCAAUUUGAUUAAAUGAUUGAUGGCGAAUUAAUGAAGAGAAGAACAAAAAAAUACUAAUUAAUAUUCUAAUUGCUAGAAAAGAAUAAGAAAUUAAAUAAUUCUAAUGAGAGAGAAAAGAAAACAAAGAAGGAGAAAAAUCAACUUCCCUCUCUUUUUCCCUAUGGAUACAAAUCGAAACGAUAAUAGAUAAUCAGAUAAUCGAUAUCUGAUUUUUUCUUCAACAAUCAACUUUAAUUUCUCUUUCUUUUUAAUUACACUAUUAUGUAAUCAGCUUGUUCCAUGCCAAUCCAAGGUUAACCGGCGAGUGAAUUACCUGCAACUAUUGUUUGAUGAGAAAAUAACAGAGAAAAGAAAAUAAUAUCUCUUUGUAUCUAUUCAAUCAAAAAGAUCCAAUGGUUUGUAACUGGAUCACUUUUUUUUCUCAUUGUCAAGUUUACUCAUUUUUGUUUUUUCUUUUUCUCUGUUGAUUGUUGAUUAAAUUGUUUCUCCAUUUGUA